AAGCUGCCUCUGGGACCCUGAGAUCCUGAUGUAAUCAAGUUCCUAGGAGCCUCUGAUCCUGUGAUCCUGUGUUCCUGGACAUGUUAUAGCACCUGGGAGUAGAACUUCCUCUGGGUGUUGUGGGACUGGCUGUGGAGUUUGUGCCCAAGGUCUGCUUAGGGCACUGGCUAAAAACCAGAAGCAACCUGUGCCAAUGGUUGGGUGAAGUUCCUGGGUGCCUGGGUCCUGCUGUUCCCAGUUACUUCUGGGACUAACAACUUUUAAAAUGAUACCUUCAUCGUUCAACAUGACUUAAGGUGUCCCCACAUUUUCAGGAGAUAGGGUGAGUCCAAGGCCAGGCCCUUUCAGUCACUCCUAAAUUCUGCAGACUCAUGUCCCUAAUGGGCUUCUUCAGUUCAUUAAGCAACAACUUGUUCUAUUUUCCACCACAGUAGAAUUUUAUUUAAUUUUGUUUUCUGAAAAAUCUCCCCCUACACACACUUGUUCCAUGAUAUCAACCAGAACUAACACCAUAAAGUCCCAUUGACCUUAGUAUUUCCCAGUGUCCAGCAGAGGGAAGCACAGGAACAAAGGAACAUAUUUUCCUUCACAGGACCAGGGAGGCUGCUGGUGUGGCUGAGAUGGUGCAGAUCCAGACAAGACUAGAGGCCUUAACACAAAAACACAUUAGGAACAAAACCUCAGUAUGGUGGCAUGAGUUUGUAAUCUCAGUACCUAGGAAGUAGAAACAGGAGAAUCAGAAGUUCAAGGCCAGCUAUACAUGAAACCCUGCCUUAAAACAAAAAUUAGAAACCCAUAACAUCAAGUGGGUUCCCCAAUUUCUCUGGAAUAUGUAGAAGUAGGGAAAGGUGAGAAGAUGUGUUUCACAAGCAUCAGUGACUGAACUCCCACGAGUUUCUAAUUUCAAAUCUUGGCAUUUAAUUUUACUGUGGAGAAAAAUACAUUUUGGCAAAUGUCCAAUAAAUGAUGGAUACUGUGGAGAAAUGGAGCUGAUUUAGCACAGAAACAUUUCCCCCAAACAUAUUUAAAAGUAGUGAGCUCUCCGAGUCUAGAGGUGGAUGGCAGAUGGCUUGGCCACUUGGCAGGAGCAUGGAAACCUACUUUAGGCAUCAGAAAGAGAACUACUCACAAUUUAACUUCACUUGCAGACUUGAGAACACAGAAUUUCUGACCCACUAUCUGAGGGAAGUUGUAGAUGUGUUUUAACCUCCCCAGACAGCAUCUCUGGAGCUGAGCAUUGCUCUAAACUUUCCAGCCUUUCCUGAGGGUCUCAGACCAAAGCUUAGCCCUGCCGGAAGAUGCCAUUUGCUGUGCAUGCCUUUGGGAAGCUCAAGGUGGACGGAGGUUAGAGUGCCAGGGGAAAGAGCUUAUGUAAGAUGUUGUUUGAGAUCAUAUGUAAUCUGAUAGUUGAGUCUGGAACCAAUUAUAAGAGCUUGAACUAAGGCUAUGUAUGGCUUGGGUUGCCAUCAGACUCCUGGGAGCUCUGUGGAGCAGGCAGAGCACCUUGUCAUCUCAUGAUUAGGCCACUGAACUACACAUGGAUGGAUGUGGUAACAAGGCUUCACCAUCUAAGACGGGUUAUACAAAACCCUUCAGAAGAGCACCAAGACCUUGUCACAGGACCCCAGAGCAACUGGCCUUCUACCAUGUGGCUCUUUGCUCUGGCCCUGGCUUCCCUCAAUACUUGCAUGGCUUUGGGGCACCUGUCCUCACCACCUGUGGUAGACACCCUGCAAGGCAAAGUCCUGGGGAAGUACAUCAGCUUAGAAGGAUCCGCACAGCCUGUGGCCAUCUUCCUGGGAGUCCCCUUUGCCAAGCCCCCUCUUGGGCCCCUGAGGUUUGCUCCACCACAGCCUGCAGAGCACUGGAGCUACGUGAAGAACGCCACCUCCUACCCUCCUAUGUGCUCGCAAAUUACAGGAGUGGGGCCAGUGCUCUCCGAUGUCUUUACUAACCAACUAGAAAAUGUUCCUCUUGAGUAUUCUGAAGACUGCCUUUACCUAAAUAUUUACUCCCCUACAGACCUGACAAGCAAAGGCAGGCUGCCGGUGAUGGUAUGGGUCCAUGGAGGUGGUUUACUCUCUGGUGGAGCAUCAACUUUUGAUGGACUGGCCCUGUCUACCCAUGAAAAUGUAGUGAUAGUAGUCAUUCAAUACCGUCUGGGCAUCUGGGGUUUCCUCAGCACAGGAGAUGAACACAGCCGAGGGAACUGGGGUCACUUGGACCAGGUGGCUGCACUGCAGUGGGUCCAGAACAACAUUGCUAACUUCGGAGGUGACCCAAGCUCUGUGACCCUCUUUGGCGAGUCAGCAGGAGGUGAAAGUGUCUCUGUCCUUGUUUUAUCUCCACUGACUAAGAACCUCUUCCAGAGGGCCAUUUCUGAGAGUGGUGUGGCCCUCACACCAUGUCUGUUCAGGGAGACUACAAGGCGUGCGGCUGAGCAAGUUGCCAUUGCUACGGGGUGUGUGGCCACUACAUCAGCCGACAUAGUGCACUGUCUACGUCAGAAGACAGAAGAGGAACUCUUGGCAACGACCCUGAAGAUGAAAUUCUUUGCUCUUGAUUUGCUUGGAGACCCCAGAGAGAGCUACCCUUUCCUGACCACUGUGAUUGAUGGAGUGGUGCUGCCGAAGGCACCUGAAGAGAUCCUGGCUGAGCAGAGUUUCAACACUGUCCCCUACAUAGUAGGCAUCAACAAGCAAGAGUUUGGCUGGUUUAUUCCAACGAUGAUGGGCUAUCCACUCUCUGAAGGCAAACUGGACCAGAAGUCAGCCACAUCUCUACUGUGGAAGUCCUACCCACUUACUAACAUCUCUAAGGAACUGACUCCAGUGGCCACUGAGAAGUAUUUGGGAGGAUCAGACUGCCCUGACAAAAAGAAAGACCUCUUUUUAGACAUGAUGGGAGAUGUGUUAUUUGCUGUGCCAUCUGUGAUUGUGGCUCGCUAUCACAGAGAUGCUGGAGCCCUCACCUACAUGUAUGAGUUUAAGUAUCACCCAAGCUUUGUGUCCGACAUGAGACCCAAGACGGUAAUAGCAGACCAUGGAGAUGAAGUUUACUCCGUUUGGGGGACACCAUUUUUAAAAGAGGGCGCUUCAGAGGAGGAGAUCAACCUCAGCACCAUGAUGAUGAAGUUUUGGGGCAAUUUUGCUCGAAAUGGGAACCCAAAUGGGGAGGGACUGCCACACUGGCCAGAGUAUGGCGAGAAGGAAAGUUACCUUCAGAUCGGAGCCACCACCCAGCAAGCCCAGAGGCUCAAAGACAAGGAAGUAGCUUUCUGGACCAGCCUCUGGGCCAUGGAGGUGGAAGAAGCAACCAAGGGAGACACUCGGAAAUGAAGUAGAAGCAGUACAACCCUGGAAGCCAUUAGCAGCCUGGUCAGUGCUGUUCCACAAAAGGUGUCCUGUAGUCCAGAGAGCUUUCUCAUCCCAGAGGCUGAAGAACUGUGUUGGAAGUAGGCAGAAGCCAGUGAAGAGAAAUGUUUGUAGCUGUGGAUUGAGUUUGCAAAAUAAAUAAAAUCAUUGUUUUUGAGGGGUACCAAA